AUGUCAGAGACAAAAUCCUCGAAUUAUCGUUCAUUCAAAGAUAAGGACAAACCUGUUGAAGUUCGGCUCAGUAACAUCAUAGCUGCUAAAGCGGUUGGCGAUGCAAUCCGGACUUCUCUUGGCCCUAAGGGCAUGGAUAAAAUGAUCCAAACUGGUAGCGGUGAAGUUGUAAUUACAAAUGAUGGUGCCACUAUUUUGAAGCAUAUGUCCGUCUUACACCCCGCUGCUAAAAUGCUGGUUGAUCUAUCCGCCGCACAAGAUGUUGAAGCCGGUGACGGAACCACGUCUGUUGUUGUGAUUGCCAGCGCACUUUUGGGUGCUGCCGAAAAAAUGCUUGCAAAAGGUGUACAUCCUACGACAAUCGCCGAAGCAUUUCAACGUGCUGCAAUAAAGUCUACUGAAUUUCUUACAGAAAUGUCCACUGAAAUUAUUCUAUCAGAUAAAGAUUCUUUACUAAAAGCUGCUACUACCUCCUUAAAUUCAAAGAUUGUUUCCCAAUACUCCAGCCUUCUAGCUCCAAUCGCCGUUGAUGCUGUGUUACGUGUAAUUGAUCCGGCAACCGCAACGAAUGUGGACCUUAAAGAUAUCCGUAUAGUAAAAAAAGUUGGUGGCACUAUCGAUGAUACUGAACUUGUUGAUGGCCUUGUUUUGACUCAAAAUGUAAUCAAGAGUUCUGGUGGUCCAUCUCGUAUUGAAAAAGCGAAAAUUGGUCUCAUUCAAUUUCAAUUGUCUCCUCCAAAGCCGGAUAUGGAAAAUCAGAUUAUUGUUAACGAUUAUAGACUUAUGGAUAAAAUUUUGAAGGAAGAACGACAAUACCUCCUUAAUAUGUGCAAAAAAAUAAAGAAAACUGGUUGCAAUGUAUUGUUGAUUCAAAAAUCAAUUCUUCGAGACGCGGUUAAUGACUUAUCACUUCAUUUCUUGUCGAAAUUGAAAAUAUUAGUGGUUAAAGAUAUAGAGAGAGAUGAAAUAGAAUUUAUUUGCAAGAGUACUGGCUGUAAACCAAUUGCGGAUAUCGAGUCUUUUAGUGAAGAUAGGCUUGGUUCCGCCGAACUCGUUGAUGAGGUUCAAACUUCCGGAGCACGAGUCGUAAAAAUUACCGGCGUUAAGCAUGUCGGAAAAACUGUGUCUAUUUUAUGUCGCGGUGCCAAUUCCCUUGUGCUAGAAGAAGCUGAACGUUCAUUUCAUGACGCUCUAUGUGUUGUCCGCUGUCUUGUAAAAAAGAAAGCUUUAAUAGCUGGUGGCGGUGCACCAGAAGUUGAAGUAUCACAACGUUUAGCUGAGUGUGCUAAAUCGUUAAAGGGAAUGGAGGCACAAUGUUUCGAAGCUUUUGCAAAUGCUCUUGAAAUCAUCCCUAUAACACUUGCUGAAAACGCAGGACUAAACCCGAUUAAUAUUGUUACCGAACUACGAAAUAGACAUGCUUUAGGCGAGAAAACUGCUGGAAUUAACGUUCGAAAGGGGUCUAUCACAAAUAUUCUUGAAGAAAACGUUAUACAGCCUUUACUUGUUUCAACAAGUGCUAUAGAAUUAUCAGCUGAGACAGUAAAGAUGUUAUUAAAGAUUGAUGAUCUG